AUGACUUCCAUUAUCCGAGAACGAAUUGGGCGUUUGCUGUUGAUCGGAAUAAACCGGCCGGCCAGGGCCAAUAUGCUUGAUUUCAACACUGCCGAGCUCCUCAAGACGACAGUUAAAACCGAGUUUGAGGAAGAUGACAAUGUAGCUGCUGCUGUUAUUUAUGGUGAAGGCGGAGUUUUUUGCAAAGGCUGGGAUGAGCUGAACAUUUCUGAUAGUCAUUCUGCAGUUUCUCCAAGUUUUAUACCUUCUGUGCCCAAUACACGACAAAUGCUCAUCUUCAGGAAACCCACUUUUGCCGCAAUUACCGGUCAUGCAUUUGGAUGUGGUUUUGAGCUCGCGUUAGCAUGUGAUGGCAGAAUAUGUGAACCAGACUCCACUUUCUGCCUAACUUCAAAGGCAUCCCUCCCUGUAGUUGAGGGUUCGGUCGAACGCCUUAAUUUUCUUGUUGGCGGUUCACGGACCCUCGAGCUGCUUAUCAAUAAUCCUCUUAUAACAGCCGAGCAAGCCGAUGCUUAUGGUUUAGUUCGACGGGUCGCCAAGCGAGGUACCGCCCUUGGUACGGCCGUUCAUAUGGCUGAAAACCUGGUUCGCAGUCGCAAUUAUGAUUUCUUUCUCCAAAGUCGACGUUCACUUCUUGGCAUUCGCAGUCAUAAGCAACACGACAGCCGUUCCCCCACAGAAGUCGCAUGA